UUGAUAAUGCAUCUAGUCAUUAUGAUCCCAAUAGUAUUUUACCACCCUCUGAUUCUAAUUUUAAUAGUGAAGAAGAAACUGAGUUAAUAAGAGCUACAUCAACAUCUAAAACCAAAAGUAAAAAAGUUUCUAAUUUACAACAAAAUAAAAGUCAAGCUCGCAAUGAUUGUGGUCGUCCAUAUACAAUUCCUGAUCUAACUAAUUUUCAGUUAACUAAUAUUAAACUUUACUUUUUUCCACCUAAUACUACUGCGCACCUUCAACCUAUAGAUGCAGAAGUAAUCAAAUGUUUUAAAUCAAAGUAUAAGCAUAAAUAUAUUCAGCAUCUUCUUACUCAGUUUGAACAAGAUGAAGAUAUAAAAGAUAGUUUUUAUAAUACUUUUAUCAAACAAGAAGAAGACAAUAUCAAAUCAUCAGUUGCAGAAUUAGAUUUAACUAUUAUACCUCAAGUUAACAAAUAUCUUGAACUUAAUAAUUCGCAAAUUGCUACUGAAGAACAACAAAAAGAACAAGAUUCUGAUGAUUCAGAUGAAGAACCUUUAAAAAUUCCAGUUUCAGAAGGACUAUUGGGUUUAAAAAAAUUUGUAGAGUUUUUUGUACAACAAAUGGAUCCAAAUUUUAAAUCAGAAGAUUUAAAUAUUUUUCAAAAAUACUUAUCUAUUAUGAGAUGUAAAGAU